AUGUUUACAUUCACUCCGCUCCUUGGGGCGCAGUCCUCAACAGCAAGGGCGUCGCAGUCAAUUCUGGAACUGGACGGGGGCAUCAAGAUUCUUGUGGAUGUUGGUUGGGAUGAUACAUUUGACCCUCUGGAUCUGGCAGAACUGGAGAAGCACAUCCCAACCCUCUCGCUGAUCCUUCUGACGCACGCGACACCGGCGCACAUCGGUGCUUUUGUCCACUGCUGUCAAACGUUCCCUCUCUUUACCCAAAUUCCCGUCUACGCGACAAGCCCCGUUAUCGCCUUUGGCCGUACACUGUUACAGGAUCUAUAUGCUUCGGCGCCGCUCGCUUCUACCUUCCUUCCGAAGGCUUCGAUUUCAGAGCCCGGCGCGUCCUCUUCGGCAGCGUCCGCGGCAGCUUUUGCUGUCACAGGGGCCGAUGGAGAGUCCGGAGGAGCUGCUCGCAGUACAGGCCAGGUCCUUCUUCAGCCCCCUACUGCCGAGGAAAUCGCACGGUAUUUCUCUCUCAUUCAGCCACUCAAGUAUUCGCAACCCCACCAGCCGCUUCCAUCUCCGUUUUCGCCACCACUGAACGGCCUUACCCUUACCGCUUACAAUGCUGGACAUACGGUUGGUGGGACAAUAUGGCACAUUCAACAUGGACUGGAAUCGAUCGUCUACGCGACGGACUGGAAUCAGGCGCGUGAAAGCGUCGUGGCAGGUGCUGCAUGGUUUGGUGGCUCUGGCGCCAGCGGAACAGAAGUCAUUGAACAGUUGCGGAAACCGACGGCUUUGGUCUGCAGUGCCAAGGGAGGCGAUAAGUUUGGGCUUUCCGGGGGCUGGAAGAAAAGAGAUGAUCACCUUCUUGACAUGAUUCGGAGCAGUCUCGCAAAGGGCGGCACUGUGCUUAUUCCAACGGAUACGAGUUCACGGGUCCUGGAGCUGGCAUAUGCGUUGGAGCACUCAUGGCGCGAUGCUGCGGCAAGUGAAAAAGACGAUGUGCUCAACGGUGCUGGACUGUACUUGGCCGGCAGAAAGGUCAACACGACAAUGAGAUUGGCCCGGAGCAUGCUGGAGUGGAUGGACGAGAACAUCGUUCGCGAAUUCGAAGCGGCCGAAGGUGCCGAUACCAGAACAGGCGGACAAAAUCAGGAUAAAGGCGGCAGUAAGGGAACUGGUCCCUUCAAUUUCAAGCAUCUCAAGACCGUCGAGCGCCAAAAACGUCUCGAGAAGCUGCUUACAGAACCCGGACCCAAGGUCAUUCUUGCUUCUGACACAUCAUUGGCUUGGGGCUUUUCAAAACAUUCUCUUCGGCAGAUUGCUGAAGGCCCUAACAAUCUGCUGCUGUUGACCGAAUCAUUCCACAAAGAGAAGAUUGAAGAAUCAGUGGAGGAGACUCAAGAUAUCAUGUCGCUUGGAAGCAUUAUCUGGCAGUGGUAUGAAGAACGGAGAGACGGUGUUGCCUUGGAGAAAGCAUCAGAUGGAGAAAUGCUUGAGCAAGUUCACAGCGGCGGAAGAGACCUGACCUGGACAGAUGUGCAACGAGCUCCGCUCGAUCCCGGUGAUCAGUUGCUUUAUCAACAGUACCUCGCCACUAAACAACUUCAGGAUACCUCUCAAGCGCGGGGCCAAGAAAACCUUGAGAAUGCAGCGGACGCGCUUGAUGAUCGAUCCAGUUCAACAUCGUCGGAAGACUCGGAUUCGGAGCAGCAAGGCAGGGCGUUGAAUUUUUCGACAUCUCUCGCCCACUCGAACCGAAAUAAACUUGCUCUCAGUGACCAGGAUCUCGGUAUUAAUGUUCUUCUUCGACGCAAAAAUGUCUACGAUUAUGAUGUGCGUGGCAAGAAGGGCCGCGAGCGCAUGUUCCCCUACGUGGCGCCCAGAAAGAAGGGCGAUGAAUACGGAGAGUUCAUCAGACCUGAGGAGUAUCUUCGAGCGGAGGAACGGGAGGAAAUUGAUAUGCAGCAACGCCGCACAGAGGCUGAGACCAAGCUAGGACAGAAGCGGCGAUGGGAUGAAACGAUAGGGGCCAAUGGACGCAGGCUAUCUCGCGAUGCUGGAGGUCGGAAACGCCAACAGUUGUCUCGAGACGGCCGGAAGAGAGACUCCAGCACCGCCGAUGACCUCAGCCUUGCCUCCGGCGAUGAAGCUGCAGAUAUCGCUGCAUCUUCAGAGGACGAUGCGGACGCCCAGGAGUUUGAAGGUCCUGCGAAGGCCGUGUAUACCAAGGAGACAAUCACGAUCAACGCUCGACUCGCCUUCAUUGACUUCACGGGUCUGCACGACAAGCGCAGCUUGGAAAUGCUAAUCCCGCUCAUUCAACCACAAAAGCUGAUUCUCGUCGGCGGGAUGAAGGAAGAAACCUCGGCGUUAGCAGCGGAGUGCAAGAAGCUCCUGGCAGCCAAAGCUGGUAUCGAUGUCUCUGCUCCUGCCGCCGACUCGCUUGCCAUGAUUUUCACACCGGCAAACGGCGAAGUCGUUGACGCAAGUGUUGACACAAAUGCGUGGAUGGUCAAGCUGAGCAACAGUCUCGUCCGGCGUCUGAACUGGCAACACGUCCGUAGCCUGGGUGUCGUGGCUUUGACAGCCCAGCUACGAGGACCCGAGAUCCCAUUCUCCGAUGCAGAAGAUGAGACCACAGAAUCGGCCAAGAAGAUGAAGCAGCUCAAAGACGAAGCUGCUUCCUCGGCCGUUGCUCCGACCUUGGAUGGCGUCAAGUCCACCGCUGAGAAAGCGGACAUCUAUCCUUUGCUCGAUACUCUGCCUGCGAAUAUGGCCGCAGGGACGCGCUCGGCGACCCGACCUCUCCAUGUCGGUGACUUACGACUGGCUGAUCUGCGUAAGCUCAUGCAGGCUGCCGGGCACACGGCGGAGUUCCGUGGCGAGGGCACGUUGCUGAUUGAUAAGUCAGUGGCGGUGCGCAAGUCUGGGACCGGCAAGAUUGAGGUUGAAGCGGCGGCACAGUCUGCCACGAACCAAGCAGCCUUGGGGCGUGGUGCGGGGAGCUUCCUCGCUGUCAAAAGGAAGAUCUAUGAGGGUCUUGCUGUGGUUUCUGGUAGUUGA